AUGACGACCCAAGUCAGCAUUGACUCGAUCCUAUCAAAGUUCCCCAACAUCCUCUCCCCUGCAGAGAUGCAGCUGCCGCCUGAGAAGCGCGGGGAGGUGUUGAGGCAGCGCGUCGCCGCGAUUGUUCAGUCAAACCGGCGUAACGCUGAGGCCCAAAAGGCUGCUCAGCUUGCGGCUCAACAGGCUGCUCAGCAAAAGGCCGCUGCUGGCAUCAUGGGGGCUGCUGUAGCAGGGCAGCCUGGAGCUAUCCGGCCGCCUAAUCCAGCGGGGCUGGCAGGCCCAAGCCAGAGUCCGCGUAUCGGGAUGCAGCAGCCGCAGCUCCAGAUGAACGGCCAGCCGCAGAUGAACCAAAAUGCUCUUGCCGAGCAGCUCCGUCUUCAGCAGGCAGCCCAGGCGCAACAGGUGCAACAACAGCAGUUCCAGAACAUCCUUGCAAACCAGCAGCGUCUUCAGCAGCAGCAGGCUGUUCAGGCUGCUCAGCAGCAGCAACAGCAGCAGCAGGCGGGGCAGAUUACCCAGGCGCAGGCGCCCACACCAAGCGCCGUGGCGACCCCAAUGGCCCAGUCUUUGACGUCCCUCACCUCGCCAUCACCACAAGCCCAGCAGUCGCCAGCAACCACUGCAGGAAUGCUCGGCGCCUCACCUGUCGCGACGCGCAUGCAGCCCGUUCCCAGCGGUGGUGCUGGUCCAGGGAUGCAGCAGGCCGGCACCCCAGUGCAAGCUGGCCAGCCGGCCCCACCGGGAUUGAGCGUUUUCGGCAGCGACCCGACAAAGAUCAUUGAGCAGCUGCCACAGCUCAUGAAGAUGCGCCAGUCGGGACAGAUGAAUGCCGAGAUGCAAAAGACAUUUGACACCCUUCUCUCUACCCCAGAGGCCAAGGCGUACCUCCAACAGUUUUCUCAGCGCCAGCAGCAGGCUCAGAUGCAGCAGCGCAACAUGGCGGCGGCGGCGGCUGCAGCCAACGUCAACUCGCCCAACCAGCCCACAGCCAUCCUUGCCGCCCAGCAGAUUGCGCACCUGCAGCAAGCACAGUACCGCCAGGGACCUCUUGCCAGGCAUCAGCAGCAGCAACAACAGCAGCAGCAGGCCGCCGCUGCAGCAGGUCUUGGACCCGAAGCACUCGCACAGCUCGGACCACAGCAGCUCGCCCAGUAUGCUCAGCAACAAGGAGGACAGCAGUUCCUCGCCGCUCAGCUCCAGCAGCAGCAGCAACAGCAGCAACAACAGCAACAGCAGCAACAGCAGCAGUUCCAGCAGCAGUUCCUCGCUCAGCAACUGCAACAGAACCCUCAGCUUCAACAGCAGCUGCAGCAGAACCCCCAGCUCCUCCUCCGCCAGCAGCAGCUCGCUGCCCAGGCUCAGGCUCAGGCGCAAGCACAGGCUCAGGCGCAAGCUCAAGCCCAAGCUGUGAACCGCACCCCAUCGCUGGGACAGACCCAGCUGCCGAACAUUCAGGCAAACGCUCUGCAGGGGUUGCAGCAGCAACAAGCGGCUCAGAUCCAGGCGGCUCAGAUCCUCCAGCAGCAACAGGCCGCCGCCCAGGCGGCCGGUAUCCCGAUUACGCCUCAACAGGCGCAGCAGAUGGCGGCGGCGGCACUGGCCAGCGCGAAUGCUCAAGCUCAAGCCCAAGCCCAAGCACAGGCGCAAGCACAGGCCCAGGCCAACAACAACUUUGGCUCGCCGCGUCCGCCUGCCGCUCAGGGCCAGCAGCAGCAGCAACAGCAGGUCACUCAACAGCAGCAGCAACAACAGGCGGUUCAGCAACAGCAGCAACAACAACAGACGGCCCAGCAGAAGCAGAUUGCCGAUCUUCGCACGCGCUUAAUGCAAAUGCCCGAGGGUGACCGCGAAAAGGCCUUUGAGAAGAACCCCAAGUUGCGCGCGCUCUUCUAUGGCAACCUCAACCUGUCGUCGACCCAGCUCAUGCAGCAACAGCAGCAACAGGCCGCUCAACAGGCGGCUGUCCAGCAGCAGCAGGCUCAGGCCCAAGCCCAGGCUCAAGCUCAGCAGCAGGCCGCCCAACAAGCUGCUCAGCAGCAGGCCGUUCAGCAGGCUCAGGCGCAACAGGCCCACCUCCAGCAACAGCAGGCUGCUCAACAGCAGCAGCCGCAGGGCGCGGGUACGCCUACGAUGCAGCAGCAAGCUCGUCCUCCUGUCGGCUUCCCUGUCAUUAACAACCUGCAUAUUCCGCAGAACAAGCAGCGUAACCUCGCUCAAGGAGGUCAGCAACAGCAGCAGUCGUCGCCUGGGAGCUCGGUGGCGUCCCCACAAGUCCGCCCCAACAUCCAGAUGGCAGCCGCUGCUGUCGCCGCCGCGGCCCAGGGCAACACUGCUGCUGCCCAGCGCAUGUUCCAGCAGGGCAUCCCUGUGGCAUCUCCGGGCCCGUCACCUGUGGUUCGACCACCUGGAGUUCCUUUCCAAGCCAUGCCUGGACAGGCCCUCACGCCCCAACUCAUCUUGUCCGACUUGGACAAGAAGGGAUCCCUGCCACAGGCUCAGCCCGUGCAGCAGCGCUCAACCAACGACAUUGUCAAUGGUAGCCUCGAUCGCUCGGGUUCGAUCAUGUCGCGUGUUACGUGGACGGCCACCCCGGAGCACGAUGCCGAGCUGCGCACCAAGCUGUUUGAGAUGCACGCAAUCCCGUCACGCUCUGCUGGCCGCGCCACUUUGCUCGAGGGUCUCUCGACUGUGCCCACUCUGGCCAACGUCCUCGGCGAGCGCCUCCCCAACGACCUCCGUACCCUCACCGAGGUCGACGCCGAUACAAAGAGUGAAACUCUGGCUGCGGCCAAGGGCGGCAAGAAGCACGAUAUCGAGGGAAGCGGCAUGCCAGGCCAGAAGAAGCAAAAGGUUCAAGACCUUGCUUUGACGAUUGACAAGAGUCUCGACAUUGAGCGUCCUGUCGAGGACCUCCUGUUAUCUCUGUCGGACGAGUAUGUCGACCUCGUGUCCCAGACAAGUUGCCAGCUGGCCAAACACCGUAAUGCGGCCACGAUCGACCGCAAGGAUGUUCAGUUUGCGUAUGAGAGCCUCUUUGGACGCGCACUGCCAGGCUUUUCGUCGGAUGCGAUCCGUCUCGACCAAGCCCGUUCGUCACGGCGUCAACCGGGCCAGCAGCGUCAGGCCAAGCUCAAGCUCAUCAACGACGCAAAGGCCAACUGGCGGAAAGAAAAAGACGAAGCCGCCAAGGCGGCCGAGCAGGCUAUUGUUGCCGCACAAGCUCAGGCAGCGAUGGACGCCAUGGCUCCGCUUACCACCGACGGCACAAACACGGUUGCCAUGGGUACGGCUUGA